UCUCUCUUUGCUCAUUGGUCUUCCAAGAAAGAACAGCAGUUUCUGUGCCUUCUCCAGCUUUCAUUUUUGUCAGUUGAAGGACAAGAACAAGAGCAGAACAAAUGUGUGGGUUUCAGACGCACAUCUCUACCUUACUACUGCAUUCUCAGGAGUUUUUCUUCUCCUUUUGACUCUUGAGAAAAACUGGCAUUUUUGUUCCGGCAUUCCCUUCUCCGCAUAUGCUAUGCUUCUUGAAUGAAUACCCCUCUAAAAUAAAGAUCAGAAACAGGUAGACUUGUUCCUGGUUUCACCCAUAAACAUGAUAUCACGACCCAAGAAUGGGUGGCAUUCUAUUUUGCCCCUUAAUUUCAGAGGCAAAGCAGUCACCGGCUUUUGCAUUUUCCCAAAAGUUAAAUCAGCAGGUUAUAGCCCAGAAAACGCACCUGUCUACCUGAAUGUGUAUGACUUGACAAACGCUAAUGGCUAUGUCUAUUGGGCAGGCUUCGGUAUCUUUCACUCUGGGGUGGAAGUCCAUGGUGUGGAAUAUGCCUUUGGAGCCCAUGAUUACCCAUCAAGCGGUGUGUUUGAGGUUGAACCCCGACAGUGCCCUGGUUUCAAGUUUAGAAAAUCAAUAUUUAUGGGGACAACACGCUUAGAUCCUAAACAAGUUAGAGAGUUCAUGGAGCGCCAAUCUGCUAAUUACAAUGGUGAUACAUAUCAUUUGAUUGUUAAGAACUGCAACCAUUUCUGUGAGGAUACAUGUUACAAACUGACUGGGAACCGAAUACCGAAAUGGGUGAAUCGACUUGCAAGAAUAGGUUCGCUAUGCAACUGUAUACUCCCAGAGGCCCUCAAGGCCACUAAAGUACAGCAUGACCCCAAUUAUCAAGAACGCGAAAGCGAAAAGAAGAGACUAAGAAGUUCCUUCAGUUGCUUUUCAUCAAUUUCAAUGCCACAAAAGGAAGUCUCCAUGUCUUCUUUGUUUCUGCACUCUCACUACAAAGGCUGCCUGCCACCAUGGGAAUUGAAGAGGUCCAGAAAGGGUUCACUUAAGGAAGGAUGAAAAAAAUGCCAGUGCUUUCGAAAGAUUGUCAGUUGUGGUUUUGCAAUUUUGAGGCAUUCGGGGGAUAUCACCAUCUUUCCUUUAUAACGAUUUUCUUGGAAAGUAAAUAUGUGCAAGGUGGUUGUUUUGAGCGCUACAAUAGAUCGCUUUACACUUCUUAUCCCAUCUCGGCCUGGCUGCCUCCCAGGAAUUUGCUUGUUGUAUUCUAUGAUUGUAUUCCGAUAUCGUGCAGGCCUGUUUGCAUUGCUAGAGAACUGAUGUAGAUUUUUCAGUUGCCUACAAAUCACAUUGAUCUCUUAAUUUUCAGUAGCUCUUUCUGAAUUUGGUUGUGUAUGCUA